GUCAGUCGUCGGCCUGCCGUAUGCGAAGCAAUUUCGUUUCACACGGAGAAGCUGAAAAUCUCCGACGGAGUCCGCUUAGCUCAGAAGAUACAACCGAUCGAGAGCGGUAACCAUGGAUUUCCAACAUCGGGCCGGUGGAAAAACCGGCACCGGUGGAGUCGCAUCAUGGAGCGAGACGAACCGAGAUCGCCGAGAACGGCUGCGUCAGUUGGCUCUGGAGACGAUAGAUCUUCAGAAGGACCCCUAUUUCAUGAAGAAUCAUCUCGGUUCUUAUGAAUGCAAGCUUUGCCUGACCCUGCACAAUAACGAGGGCUCGUACCUUGCUCACACGCAAGGGAAAAAGCAUCAGCAGAACUUGGCCCGACGUGCUGCUCGCGAAGCUCGCGAUAACCCUGUACAGCCCGCUCCGGCUAAACCCCGUGUCGAUAUCAAGAAGUUCGUCAAGAUUGGACGGCCCGGAUAUCGGGUAACGAAGCAGAGAGAUUCUGAGACUGGACAACAAAGUCUGCUCUUCCAAGUUGACUACCCGGAGAUCUCUGACAAUAUUGUGCCGCGGCAUCGAUUCAUGUCCGCCUAUGAACAAAAAAUCGAACCUCCGGACAGAAAAUGGCAGUACUUGCUGUUUGCGGCCGAGCCUUACGAAACGAUAGCAUUCAAGGUGCCCUCCAGGGAGGUAGAUAAGAGCGAUUCCGAACGAUUCUGGACUCUGUGGAACAAAGAAACAAAACAGUUUUUCUUGCAAUUCUCCUACAAACUCCCGAAACCGAUGUUCUGAUGUUUUGUCGCGAGAAAAUAAAACGCAUGUACAGCGAAA